AUGGCUACAUUGAAAGUGCCAUCAACACUUCCUCCAUACACUCAACCCCAAGUUACUCAAAUUUCACCCUCAAAGGGAUGUGUCUCUGGCUCUCCAUUGUCUCGACUUAAAAUGCCUCCCCCUCCACUGACUUCCAUGCGACAAAACACGCCCCAGAAAUCCAAGAAAGAAGAGAAAAAGCCUCGUCCUCCCAAAGUAGAAAAAGAGGAAAAACUCAAGAAGAGUGGGGGAAGGAAGAAAAAAGUAAAAGAUAUAGAAAAAACAACUAUACAAACGAUCCCUUCGACGACAGAUAUGGAACAACAAAUUAAUCAACUUCUUACUAAUAACGAAACUAUAUUACAAACAGCGGAAUUAUACACUCAAACCCAACAGAAUUUUGUUAUCGAGAAACAACAGAUCAUCGCUUUUUCCACAAAUAUCAAAAACUUGUUGGGACUCACUGACUUCCUCGCUCGACCAGCACGUUUGCCGUUUUUGUCACUUCUCUUGGACUUACCUCCCGACGUGAAUGAUGGGACCCAACAAUUCGCACAAGAACAAAUGACUCAAUUCAUUCAAAUGAAUCAAAUGGAACAUAUCGAGGAUGGGCAACUCGAGGUACAAAACAAUGGAACGGCUCAAACCGUAUUAAACGUACAAAACACACAACCAGCACAAGUUGUACAACAAACGCAAAACACAUUUCAAGCAAAUAAGGCUUAA